AUGGCGCCAAUUGAAGACCCGCUGCUGCUCCUGCGGCACUCGAUCGCAUCAAGCGGCAAGAUCACCCCGACGACCUCAGCCGACUCGUCCGACGAAGUCCCCCUCUCCAAAGCCACCCACCUGGUCUUUUCCAGCCCCGAUCGCGUCGCCGUCCCUAUUGACGCGCCCACGCGCUUCACGUCCACCGAGGGCAAAGCUAUCGAUGUGCGCUCCAUCUACUUCGCCUGGCUCAACCGCGACCUCACCAUCCCCGAGUACAAUGCCAUUGCGAUCAAGCUGAACGACGAGAUGGCCGGGUCUGCCGCCGUGCACAUGUUUGCGUUUGUUGAGCGGUUGGUGCUGUUCACGUUUCUCGAGGGCGCCCAGGAGGAGAGCGAGUUUAUUAAACCGCUGCCCGGUGGCCAAGACACGACUGCUGGCGUGAGCGUGAGCGCUAGGGUGGCGGGUGCUACGUCUAAGGCAGCGCCGUCAUCGUCGGGGCGCGCGGGAAGGGGGACACUGGAUCCGCGGUUGGCGCAGAUCUACAAUGGGGAGAGGCGCAUGGGCGAUAGGAAUACGGUGUUGAGAGGGAUCAAGGCGACUGACUUCUCCCACGUCCGCAAGCUCGCAGCACCCUUCAUGACGCGCAAACCCGGCGGUGGCCCGUCAACGGCCCCAGGAGUUGGGUCAACCACGGCGCUGGCUCUUAACCAGAAACCAGCACGACGACCAGACCCCAUCAUCCUGCUUUCGCCGUCGGCGUCCGCCCUCCUGCGCAUGUCCAACGCCAAGUCGUUCCUAGAAGGCGGCCGGUACGCGCCCCCCGACGCUAGCGCGCCAGCCUCGAUGCUACACAUUUCGCGCCUGAUCAAGGACAUUGACCCGUCGCGGCCGAUGCGGUUUAUCCUGGUUGAGGGCCCGGAGCAGUUCAAGCCGGAGUACUGGAAUCGCGUGGUGGCGGUGUUCACGACGGGACAGGCGUGGCAGUUCAAGAACUACCGGUGGAGCAACCCGGCGGAGCUGUUCAAGCAUGUGCUCGGGGUGUAUCUGGGCUGGCGGGGUGAUGAGCCGCCUGAGUCGGUGCGUGUGUACGGUCAUCGCGUGAUGGCUUGCUCGGUGGAGAAGUGGCGCGAUCCGGGCCAGCCGGGAGCGGAGACCAGUCGUUGGAGGGAUCGGGAAGUUGUGGAGGGUAUUUGGAAGGGGAUUGAGGCGAAUAUGAGGAGCAAGGGCUGGAGAAAGGAUGCUGCGCCGACCUCGAUUUAA